AUGACUAAUUCUCAAAAUGACAAUGAAUUUAUAGAAACUUAUCAAACACAACUAAAAGUUGUUGAAGAUGCUAUACUUCGACAAGAAGAAGAAGAAGGUAUUGCAAGUGCAGAAUUAAGACAAUUACGUUCAGAUCUUCGAGAAGCUUUAUCUUUGUUUAAUACAGUUAAUAGUAAUAAUGAUGACUCAGUAAUUAUACUUGAUGAUUCUGAACCAACGCCAUGUGUCACUCUUUCAUCCGAAUCUGAUAGUAGUGACGAUGAAGACGAAACCGAUGAAGAAAUAGAAAGUUCUAUUGUUAAAGACAUUGCUGGUACCAACUGUAGUGUAAAAAUUAAUUGUCCCGUCAGUGGUUUACAACAACAUAAUGCUGUUGUACUAACUAUGGAAUCUAUAGCAGAUAAUACAGUUCGAGUUUUGUUUUGUCAACCUACACGUCUUGAUUUUAAACCAUGUCCACAUUUUCUUAAUGAUUCAUGUCGUUUUGGUGAUACUUGCAAAUUUUCUCAUGGUUUUGUUAUUUCUGUUAAUGAUCUUCUUGAAUAUGCUGAACCAAAUUAUGAGACUCUUGCUGUUGGUCAAAAAGUUUUAUGUAAACAAGGCACUGAUGAUUUAUGGAAACUAGGAGCUAUUGAAAGUGUUGAAAAUGAUAAUCAUGUUUGUGUUGUACGUUUUACUCAUUUUAAUGCUUUGGAAGCUAUACCAUUUGAAUCGAUUAUUCCUACAAAUAGUUUUCAACAGAUUGAAGCAAAUAGUGAAGAUGAAAAUGAUGAUGAUGAUGUUUCAAAUGCGAUUCAAGAUAUUCCAAGUUCAUCGACUGAUCAACCAAGAUUAGGAAAUUUAGGAGUUUGGGAAAAACAUACGAGAGGAAUCGGUUCUAAAUUACUUGCAAAAAUGGGUUAUAAAGCUGGCCAAGGUCUUGGAGUACGAAAUCAAGGAUUAGUCAAUCCAAUAGAAGCUCGAGUUUUACCAAAAGGAAGAUCUUUGGAUGCUGUAUUGGAAUUAAAAAAGAAGAAUAGAUUACCAGAUGCAUUUAAAAUAAAAAAACAUAAGAAAAAAUCAACAAUUGAAAAAGAAAAAAAAUUACCUGAACAAAAAGAUGUUUUUACAUUUCUCGAUAAAAUUUUUACUUCAGAAAUGAAUUCAACUAAUCAAGACUCAACACCAUCACCGCUAGAUCGAUUUAAAGAUAAUAAAACAACUGUAAAUGAAACAUCUUUGCUUUUACAUACACAAAUUGGUCGACGUAAUGAUGAAAUUCGAGUACUAGAACGUGAAAUCCAUCAAUUAGAAGAACGAUUAAAAUAUCAUGAGCUUCGUGGUGCGUCUCCAAUUACAUUAAAUAUUAAACAACGUUUAUCAACGAAAAAAAUUCAAUAUAAUAAAUUAAAACAUAUUGAAAAUGAUCUUCAAUCUAAACGUGAACAAAUUCGAACAAAAAAAUUAGAUCUUUUUUAA